AUGGAAAUCUUUGAUCAACAAAAUGCUCAAUUUGAAGAACUAGUUCAAGAAUUUGAAUACAUUCUUAACAUAGAGAAAAAAAUGGUCAAAGGAACAUCAGCACUUCCAAGUAUCCUACAGUACUUAUGUGAGAAUUAUAAUAAACAUGUUAGCGAAACAUCAUCGGCAAUAUAUGAAUCACUUAACAAGUCUGCCCAAGUAAUAUCCCAGAACACAACGGGAGCAACGAAUCAAAUAUCUUCAUACAAAAGACUUUCAGAAAUCUUUUCAGAAGUUUCAACACAAAUUAGCUUAUUGAUGAUGAUUGUUAGCAAUCAUUUGCAUCCAAAAAUAGUUGAUUGUGUUAGUAAUGCGAAUAAAGUACUUGAUAACAUUUUUACGAAGAAAGCAUUGAUGGAAAAACAAUACAAAGAACUUCGCGGAACAAUAUUUUCUAACUAUUCUGCUUUGAGGUCGAUGGCUAAAGAUAUCACAUCCGCAAGUAAGAAAAAUGAUACAACUAAAUUGACCUCUUUCUCUCAGCAAUAUAUGGUCGUUUUAAAGUGCACCAAAAUACUAACGCGAAAACUUAAUCAACAGUUCGUACUAUACGAUCGAUUUGUCAAGAUUUCAAUAGACAAGAUGAAAGGUCUUGACAGAGCUAGGUCACAAGUUUGCUUGGACUUCUUUUUGAAGUUGUCUGAUAUAUACAUGGACUCCAGUGUGAACUAUUUGAAGGUUUUCGACCAAAUGGAACAAAAAUAUUCUAAAUUAUCGAAUUUGUAUAGCGGAGAAUCGUAUCUUAGUGCUUUCAUUAACAAAUACAAUAUUUUCCGAACGAAUUUGUCCGAUGUUACCUUUGUUCCUCAGCCAAAUCCAUUCAUUGAAGAUAAUGAUAUAAUUUUACGGCCAUCACACAUUAAAGUUCCAGCAAUAGACUAUCCUCUGUUCGUUGCCAAAGCAAUUUAUGAUUUUGACGCAAAAAAUAUCAACGAACUUUCAAUUAAAGCUGGAGAAACACUUUACUUAUACGAAAAACCUAUUGGAAGCUGGGUUUUGGCCUCUCACAACAGGAAUUUCGCAGAAGCUUUUGUUCCAACAAAUGCGAUUACAACUAGCUAUACAAAGAUGGAAAUGACCAUGGAAACAAAGGUUUCUCAUGGAGAUUUCCUUGGAAUUUAUCCAACAUGUCAUUUUAUUGUUGAAAAGGAUGAUGGAGAAAAUUAUUUUGUUCGAAAUCCCCAGAAUCAGGUCGGAAAGGUCAGGAAAACUGAUUUACUUAUAGAUUAG